AUGGUUGUUUCAAGCUUCAUUAGUGGCAAACCACACAACCAGGAAUCGAGAUGCAGGGUUCCUCCCACAGCACCGCAGAAGAUAGAACGGGUGAUCUCUCUGUGUCAAGAUGAAAUAAAGCUGUCUAUAUUAAGAGAAGCGCUUGAUGUCAUCAAAGAGGAGCACACCAUGCCAGCAGAGAGAAGAAGAAACAAGAGAGAAGUACCGUUCACACACGAUGAGAAAAGAAUAGCCGGGUGUCUGCUCCAGUGCGUGUACCGGAAAGUGAAAGCUGUGGACGGCUUCGGGUUUCCAACACUAGAGGGUCUAGUAGGCUUAUAUUCAGACGGUGUUAAUGAGCGAGGCUACUUCAUGACUGUGCUGGAGGCUUCAAGGGAGUGUUUGAUGCGUAACCAUGAUAAGUUCUCUAGGACAGUGCCUAUGGAUAACGGGCUCAAUUGUGACAUCUCCUUCGACAUUUUCGAGUGUAUUUCAGACAGAAUAGGCGAAUACUGCGGUACUUCUGGAAUUUGA